UUCCUCGUUCUUCCCAAACGUCGCACGGACAGGCCAAAGAUUGUCCACAUGUCGUGCUGGUAAAAGUGAUUUAAUUUAAGGUGAUUUCUUAAGAAUUUCGAACCAGUUUGAAGUGCUACGAUAUCCCAGGAUGGCCAAGUUUGAUUUGACGGCAAAGAAUUGCCAGUACCUCGACCGGCAUCUGACCUUUCCACUGCUCGAGUUUCUGCUGCAAAAAAACAUCUAUGACCAAACGUCGUUGCUGAAGUUUAUACUGCAAACGGUCAGCAAGACGAACAUGGUUGAUUAUACCAUGGAUAUCCGUGAGCGUCUGAGCAUGGGUAAUGAGUUGCCGGAGGAGUUGUCCAAGCGAAGGGCAAAUGUCUUGGUAAAGUUGAAGGAACUGCAGACCGAAGUGGCACCACUGAUGAAGUGCAUGGAGGAACUCAAGAAUCCAGACUCCAUGAAAGACUCCAAAUCGAUCGUGCACGCAUUGCAGCAAGAGUUUGAUUUCAAGUAUGACAUCAUCAAGAGCGCUCAAAAGCUGGCCAAGUAUCUGUACGAGUGCGGUAACUACAGGGAUUCCAUUUCGUACUUAUACAUUUGCUUGUUGGUAAUGGAGCCUACCGAUAAGAACUACUUGAAUGUCCUGUGGGGUAAGCUAGCCGCCGAGAUUCUCACUCUAAACUGGCCAACAGCGCUCGAAGAUUUGACCCGUCUGCGUGAUUUCAUCGAUAAUCACAACUUUUCGCCGAUCGAAGUGCUGCAACAGCGCACCUGGCUGAUCCACUGGAGUGUCUUGGUAUUCUUCAACCAUGCCAAGGGACGCGAUCUCAUUAUUGAGAUGUUCCUGUACAAGCCACUGUAUCUGAAUGCUAUUCAGACGAUGUGUCCGCACAUUUUGCGUUAUCUGGCCACGGCCGUAAUCAUUAACCGUGGCAGACGAAACGCUUUGAAGGAUUUGAUCAAGAUCAUCCAGCAGGAGUCUUACACUUACCGUGAUCCGAUCACCGAAUUCCUCGAGCAUUUGUAUGUCAACUUUGACUUUGAAGGCGCCCGUAUGAAGCUGCACGAAUGCCAGACGGUAAUUGUCAACGAUUUCUUUAUCAUCGGUUGCCUGCAGGAGUUUAUCGAGAAUGCUCGUCUGAUGAUCUUCGAGACCUUCUGUCGUAUCCAUCAGUGUAUUACGAUUGGUAUGUUGGCGGACAAAUUGAACAUGGAACCGGACGAGGCUGAAUGCUGGAUCGUCAAUUUGAUUCGUAAUGCUCGGUUGGAUGCUAAGAUUGACUCCAAGCUGGGUCAUGUUGUAAUGGGAACGCAACCUCUCUCUCCGUAUCAGCAGUUGGUGGAAAAGAUUGACUCACUUUCGGUUCGCUCCGAGGCGCUAACCGUUCUGGUUGAGCGUAAACAGAAAGCUAAAACACAAGAAUCCGGUGAAGGAAACUGGAAGUAUUACUGAGCGAUAACCGGAUUCUAAAUUUGAAAGUGAACUUUUUUUGAUCAAUUGUAACCAUCAACCCCGGAGGGAAGCACGGAGAGAAAUAGAAGAGCGAAGCGUUCCAUAAAUAAUUACAGAAUAAAACUGUUGUCAGCCGCAGCAUAGGUAGGAUGACACAAUUAAAAACUACAAUUUAUUAUAAUAGAGUACGGAGAAAAUACACAAAUAAAUUGAUGGAGGGAACACGAA